AUGGUUUGGAUACACGCCUAUGGGAGAGAAAUAUUUUCGGCACUGAAAUCUUCAUUUCAGAAGUGUGGUGGGCAUGCUAAUUUACACAGAUGGACAAAUUCCAUCCCACCAGUAAUGCACAAGUUGUCUGCAUCACAAGUAGCACAGAUUCCUAUUAGACACAUCCAGUUGUUUUGUGUAGCACUACCCGCCCCCUGUUCUUAUUCAUCCAGUUUAAAAUAUGCCUCUCGAAUUUUGUCCAGACAGACAAACUGUAGGCAUACAUUGUGGCAAAGACAAUCUGCAUACAAGGGAUUAGUGUUGUCGAGCACAAAAGCAUUCUCUACCUCCCAUUGGCUGUCUGCGGCUCAGAGAAAUGACCUGAAGUCUUCUAAUAAGACAGGAUUGAUUUACAUCAUAGCAAUAUUCAUUUUCAUGCUUGGUGGAGCCUAUGCUGGUGUCCCACUUUACAAAGUGUUUUGUCAAGCUACUGGACGAGGUGGUCAAGCAGUUAAAGGACAUGAUACUUCCAAAAUAGAGACUAUGGAGAAAGUGGAAAGACCUAUAGUUGUCAGAUUCAAUGCUGAUGUAGCUUCUAGCAUGAGGUGGAACUUCAAACCCCUGCAGACCGAAGUGACAGUGUAUCCAGGAGAGACAGCGUUAGCCUUUUACACUGCUAAAAAUCCCACAGACAAACCCAUCAUUGGUAUUUCUACUUACAACAUUUUGCCCUAUGAAGCAGGACAGUAUUUUAAUAAGAUUCAGUGUUUCUGUUUUGAAGAACAAAGACUUAACCCACAUGAACAGGUUGACAUGCCCGUUUUUUUCUACAUCGACCCCGAAUUUGACGAGGAUCCCUAUUUGCAAAACGUGGACUCCAUCACCCUCUCCUACACGUUCUUUGAGGCACUCGAUGGCCUGCAGCUGCCUCUGCCUGGUUAUCACCAGCCACACAACACCCCCGUAGUUGCUGCUUCCUAG